AUGGACAACUCGUCCUCAGAGACUAUGGACAUCGAGUCCGGGGACUCUUCCAUUCAGAAGCGCUUGACACUCACAUGGCGCAAUGUGAGCAUCAAUGUCACUGCCCCCGAUGCCGCUCUGGGCGAUACACUGUUGUCGGUGGCCGAUCCACGGCAGGCUCUGGGGUGGUUCAAGAAGAGCCAGCGACCAAAGAGGACGAUCAUCAAGGACGUCACGGGCCAGCUCCGACCAGGCGAGAUGCUGCUCGUUCUGGGACGCCCAGGAUCAGGGUGUACUUCUUUUCUCCGCGUGAUUUCCAAUGAUCGUGAAGCUUUCGAUGAAGUUGUUGGCGAGACUAUGUAUGGAAGCAUGGACCACAAACAGGCAAAAAAGUACCGGCAGCAGAUCAUGUUCAACAAUGAAGACGACGUGCACUUCCCGACAUUGACAGUUAACCGGACGAUGAAAUUUGCCCUACGAAACAAGGUUCCGAGAGAGCGACCCGAGCAUCUUCAGGACAGGAAGGAUUACGUUCAGGAGAAGAGAGAUGGCAUUUUGGAUUCACUGGGCAUCGGCCACACGAAGAAGACAUUGGUUGGAAAUGAGUAUAUCCGCGGUGUAUCCGGUGGUGAGCGGAAGCGUGUGUCUUUGGCGGAAGUUAUGGCUGGUCAGAGUCCCGUUCAAUUCUGGGAUAACCCGACUCGCGGUCUGGAUUCCAAAACUGCUGUGGAAUUUGCCCGUAUGCUCCGACGUGAGGCGAAUGAGAACCAGAAGACGAUGGUGGCGACAAUGUACCAGGCCGGAAAUGGCAUCUACGAUGAGUUCGACAAGAUCCUAGUCCUCGCAGACGGCCUCGUCACCUACUAUGGCCCGCGUGCGUUGGCUCGCGCUUACUUUGAAGACAUGGGAUUCGUAUGCCCCAAAGGAGCCAACAUUGCCGACUUCCUCACUUCGGUGACGGUGAUCACGGAACGAACUGUCGCACCAGGCAUGGAGGAGAAAGUGCCAAACACACCGGCCGAGUUCGAGGCUCGUUACAACCAGAGUGUGAUCCACUCCCAGAUGAUGGAUGACAUUGUUCCGCCGGAGAAGCUCGUUAGCGAAGAGGAAAACCUGGCGCUUGCGGUGGCAAUGGAAAAGAGAAAGCAACAUAUCCCUCGGAGUCAGAGUGUCUACACUGCUGGUCUCUGGGAUCAGAUUGUCAGCUGCACUAUUCGUCAAUUCCAGAUCUUGGCUGGUGAUAAGCUCUCCAUCAUCAUCAAGGUGGUGUCUGCUAUUUUGCAGGCUCUUGUCUGCGGUAGUUUGUUCUACAACCUCAAAUUAGACAGCAGUUCUAUUUUCUUACGACCUGGGGCCCUCUUCUUUGCUGUUCUGUACUUCCUUCUCGAGACGAUGUCCGAAACGACCGCAUCAUUCAUGGGUCGUCCUAUUCUUUCCCGGCAAAAAAGAUUUGGCUUCUACCGACCUACGGCUUUUGCCAUCGCCAAUGCGAUCACUGAUGUUCCCAUUGUCUUGGUUCAGGUAUCAUGUUUCUCAUUGAUCCUAUAUUUCAUGGCUGGGAUGCAGAUGGACGCGGGCCGGUUCUUCACUUACUGGAUUAUUGUCAUUGUGCAGACAUUAUGCUUCAUGCAGAUGUUCCGAGCCAUUGGUGCGAUGUGCAAAAACUUUGGUAAUGCGUCCAAGAUGACUGGCUUUCUCUCAACUGUCUUUUUUGUCUAUGGAGGGUAUUUGAUUCCCUUCGAGAAGAUGCAUGUGUGGUUCCGUUGGAUCUUUUACCUGAACCCCGGUGCGUACGCCUUUGAGGCCCUGAUGGCCAACGAGUUUGUGGGCUUGGAACUGGAAUGUAUUGCGCCCGACUACAUUCCAUACGGAUCUGGAUACCCCAGCGGCUCCUCUCCUCACCGUGGUUGCACUGUCAAGGGAAGUAAUGCGGAAGGCAUCAUUGAUGGCGCCACCUACAUCAAGGAGCAGUUUCAUUACUCUUAUCACCAUAUCUGGCGAAGCUUCGGUAUCAUCAUCGGCUUUUGGUCAUUCUUCGUCUUUUUGACUGCAAUUGGUUUUGAACUGCGCAACUGCCAAUCCGGAUCAUCGGUUCUUCUCUACAAGCGGGGUGCCAAAACCAAGAAGGCGGACGAGGAGAGCAGCGUUUCUCCCAAGUCCGAUGCCCUUGCGCAGACGGGCAAGCAGUCCACGUUCACAUGGAACCAUCUUGACUACCACGUUCCUUUCCACGGCGAAAAGAAGCAGUUGCUCGACCAGGUGUUUGGCUAUGUGAAACCAGGUAACCUGGUCGCGUUGAUGGGGUGCUCUGGCGCAGGAAAGACUACGUUGCUCGAUGUAUUAGCUCAGCGAAAGGACAGCGGUGAGAUUUAUGGGUCCAUUCUGAUCGAUGGUCGCCCGCAAGGUAUUAGCUUCCAGCGUACUACCGGCUACUGCGAGCAGAUGGAUGUUCAUGAAGGCACGGCGACCGUGAGAGAAGCCUUGGUAUUUUCUGCUCUCCUUCGUCAGCCCGCCAGCGUGCCACGCGAAGAGAAGAUUGCCUAUGUGGACCACAUCAUUGAUCUCUUGGAGCUGAGUGACAUCAGAGAUGCCCUGAUCGGAGUACCCGGAGCUGGUUUGAGCAUCGAACAGCGAAAGAGAGUGACACUGGGUGUCGAGUUGGUCGCCAAACCAACUCUGCUCUUCCUGGACGAACCGACGUCGGGCCUGGACGGUCAAUCCGCUUACAACAUUAUUCGGUUCCUGAGAAAGCUCGUCGAUAGUGGGCAGGCUGUGCUGUGCACUAUCCACCAGCCUUCUGCCGUUUUGUUUGAUGCCUUCGACGCGCUGGUCCUGCUUGCCAGGGGCGGCAAGAUGACCUACUUUGGAGAAACUGGCGAGGAAUCCCACAAGGUUCUGGAAUAUUUUGCGAAAAAUGGUGCCCCCUGCCCUCCCGACGUUAACCCCGCUGAACACAUUGUCGAAGUCAUCCAAGGCAACACCGAGAAGCCUAUUGACUGGGUCGAUGUGUGGAGCCGAUCUGAGGAGCGUGCACGCGCUAUUGAAGAGCUUGAAGCCUUGAACAAGGAGGGUCAAGCGAACUCGGAUCAUGUGGAAGACCAGAACAACUUUGCAACCCCAACUUGGUUUCAAUUCAAAACGGUGCUGCAACGCCUCAUGACACAGAUAUGGCGAUCACCGGAUUACAUGUGGAACAAGAUCAUCUUGCACGUUUUUGCGGCCUUGUUUAGUGGAUUCACCUUCUGGAAGAUGGGAGAUGGGACGUACGCGCUUCAGCUUCGGUUGUUUGCCAUCUUCAACUUCAUCUUCGUGGCCCCUGGAUGUAUCAACCAGAUGCAGCCGUUCUUCUUGCACAAUCGCGAUAUCUUUGAGACCCGAGAGAAGAAGUCCAAAACUUACCACUGGAUUGCUUUCAUCGGAGCUCAAGCAGUCUCGGAAAUUCCAUACCUGAUCAUCUGUGCUACGCUCUACUUUGCGUGCUGGUAUUUUACCUCUGGACUGCCCGUUGACGCGUACAUCUCCGGCCAUAUGUACUUGCAGAUGAUCUUCUACGAGUUCCUGUACACUUCCAUCGGACAGGCCAUCGCCGCCUACGCCCCUAACGAGUACUUUGCCGCCAUUAUGAACCCCAUCCUCAUCGGCGCCGGCAUGAUCAGUUUCUGUGGUGUCGUGGUGCCGUACUCUAGCAUCCAGCCCUUCUGGCGUUACUGGAUGUACUACCUCGACCCGUUCACCUACCUGGUCGGUGGUCUUCUGGGCGAGGUCCUCUGGGACGUCAAGGUGAAAUGCGAGGCCUCGGAGUUUGUUCAAUUCAGUCCCCCGUCCGGCCAGACCUGCGGCCAGUACAUGUCCGAGUUUAUCUCGGAACAAACUGGCUACCUGCUGAAUGCGAAUGCCACCGACAGCUGUUCGUUCUGCCAAUACUCGACGGGCGCAGACUACGCAAAGACCUUUAACCUGAACGCGAAGUACUAUUCCUGGAGAGACACCGGUAUCACCGCGCUAUUCUGCAUCACAUCAUACGGACUGGUGUUUUUGAUGAUGAAGCUGCGCAGCAAGAAGACCAAGAGUGCGAGGUCGGAGUAA